AUGUACAGGUUUCAAUGGACCUCGCUGCAAGUCCAUCAGAUUGUGAGAUGCAAAACUGAGACGAGUGUUUGGAAACAUCUUGAGAAUCUUCCGGAUGCUCUACAGAAUGCAUAUUACGAAAUUUGGCACGAGAUUGACAACUUGGAGGAGCCAGACAGAACGCUCGCGCAACGCGCCAUGUUGUGGUUGAUGGCGGCGUACAAGCCGAUGGAUAGCGAGAAGCUCAUCUCCGCUAUUCGAGUUGGGUCGAAAGACGACGAGUGCUUCUUAGCCGACGAAAUCGACGAACAGGGGUUGUUAUCGCUUUGCAACAAUUUCCUUGUGAUCGACUCUAAAUUGAAGGUGUGGCGAUUCUCCCACUUGUCAGUCACGGAAUAUUUGCAAUCCAAGCAUCAAUGGACUCCUGCGUAUGCUCACACCUGCGCUGCUACUGUUUCCCUUUCUUUCUUUAUAAACAUUUACAAGGAUGAAGAUCCCAGCACAGUGGCGGAGGAUCUCGGCUACGACUCGGACCACUGCGAUCCCGCGGACAAGCCCGUGGGACCAUGGGAGAUUAUGAUACCACGAACCCAGAAUGAUCUAUGA